AUGCAUUUGAUGUACACUUUGGGCCCAGAUGGCAAGCGUGUUUACACUUUGAAGAAGUCCACUGAAGAAGGCGAGAUCACCAAGUCUGCCCAUCCAGCUAGGUUCUCGCCAGACGACAAGUACUCCAGACAAAGAGUGACGUUGAAGAAGAGGUUCGGGCUUGUGCCAAACUAG